AUGCAGCGCGUCGCAGGUAAUGCACUGUGUGAUACCGUGUUGAUAGAUUUGUGGGCUUCACGGUUACCUCCUCAUACUCAGGCGGCAGUAAUUGCGUCAAAAGGAGCAGCCGUUGAUAAAACUACCAUCGCCGAUGCAAUUGUAGACUCAGUGAACCUUCGAGGUAUCAACGCAAUUAUUAAUGGAUGCUCGAACACAUCACCAACAGCCGAUUCGACAGACGUUGUAGCUACGCUUAAAUCUCUUCAGAAAGAAAUUUCCCAACUUUCAAAACGCUUCGACAGACUCGCAAAAAAACGAAAUUCGACUAGGAUUCGUAGCAAGUCACGUAGCAGAGCAGACAUUCAGGACGAAAAUUGUUGGUAUCACGCGAAAUUUGGUGAAAAUGCUCGCAAAUUCAAAGAGCCAUGCACGUAUAGUCAACGGCCUUCACCAACUAAGUGA